AUGUCUCUAUUCAACUUCUUCUCUUGCUGGAUUCCUUCAUGGCUACGAAAAGAAGAACAUGCUUUCUUAUUAGAUAUGCCUGAUGUUGUCACAAAUGAAAUAUUGAAAAAGCUGGAUUUUGCGACAAUUCGAAAACUUCAAAAAGUGUGCCACGCGUUUCGUGACUACAUCGAUUGUGUAAAACCAGACAGUCACUUGAAAUCGAUCGACCUAGAGGUGGUAGAGGAGUUGAUUUUUGUAUCAUUUUCUACACCUUCACAAUCAAACCUAGAAAUACAGAUUUCUUUCGAAGAUGUUGUUGAUUUCCUUUGGGCAGCAUUGAAAUACCAAAAAUCGCUACUGGACGAGCUACGUUUUGUGAGCUUUGUGGGCUAUGCUGUAGAACUCAAGAAUGCGGAAACUUUCAUAAAGUUAUUUGAUCGUUUGAUGAAAGUUCUGAAAUCGAGGGAUCGCUUACUGCAAGUUGGAGCGUUGCCAAUCUCAGUACAUGGACAAGAUCAACUGACGGAAUUGCUUAGUCAUGUUGAUUUGAAAGUGUUGAAAAGUCUGGAAGUGUUCAGACUGUUGGAAAUAGAAGAAUUAUCGGAUAAUGGUGAUGAUAACAGCGAGUUUGUUUUGGAUCUCGAUAUUCUAAAAGAAUGUGAAAAUCUGGAAAAUCUUCAUGUGAAAGGCUUCUCCAUCUCCUCCCCAUUCCGCAUGAUUACUCAUAUUCCGAUUCUGACAGUUAACAUGCAAACAAUCUACUGCGAAGAUUUAUUACUCUUAAAACAUACCAUGGAAAAUUUGAACAUCAAUGCUUUCUCGGAAAUCAAAUAUGGACAAUUUCCCGACAAAGCCCGGUUUUUGGAAGAUAUCGGAUUGGUGGAUGAUAACAGUAAAUUGGUUCAUGUUUUCCCUAGUAAACUCACUCUGACAUACUAUCCUGCUUCGAAAUUCGAAAGCUUCGAAGAGUGUGCCACGCGUUCCGUGACUAUAUCGAUUGUGUAA